AUGAUGAUGUACAACGCGGCGUCGGUGCGGCGGUCCGUGUCGUCGUCGAGCCUCAGCAGUCAGCGGUCGCUCUCGUUGGCGCCGUCGGUGCGGCUACCGUCGUUUAGCGACCUCAACCCGUUUGCCCACUUUGGCGCGACCCUCGCGCGCUCCAACUCGAUGACGCGCUGGCAGCCGGUGCCCGGUCUGGUCCACUCCAAGGAGACAUUGGCGCUGCGGCAGGCGGUCGGCGCGAUUCUCAAGGACGUGCACGCGCACAUUUCGACCGAGACGCUCGAGAUUCGCGCCAAUACGCCCGAGUACCGGCUCGAGAGCGACGACUGGAUCGCCCACAAGAACGGCCUCAACGUCGCGCCGACGACGGUCAAGACCGUGGCGCGGCUGCCGAUGCACUUGCUCAAGCUCGACCCGGCGGCGGUGAGCGCCGAGUGUGCAGGGCCCGUCUUUGCCGGCUGGCUCAAGAAGCGCGGCGAGAACAACAAAGCGAUGAAGAGACGCUACAUGGAGCUCGAGAACAAGGUGCUCAAGUACUACAAGAAAAAGCCCGAGAAGAGCGGCCGGCGCAUGAGCAACGACGAGAAGGCGAGUUUGCUGCGCGGCCAGAUCGAGCUCGACGUCGUCUCGGCGAUCCAGCCGACCAUCGUCAAAGGCGCGACGCUCCAGUAUGGCAUCGACCUCGUCACGACCAACCGGACGUGGACGAUGCAGGCCGAGUCCGAGGCUGAGUACGACCUCUGGGUCAAACAUCUCUGCAACUCGGUGGCCUUUCACUGUGUCAACAUCAUUUACCGGCGCAUGCUCCAGCUCGCCGAAGUGAGCGCGACGGGCCCAAACGAAGUGCGCAUGAUCACGCUGCCGACGUACACCGUGCAGGAGACGGUCGAGCACAUCUUCGACUGCUACAACAACAUGCUGGACGCGACGCCACUGCACCCGUACGACCCGAAGGAGUACGUGCUCAAGCUCACGGGGUUCCGCGACUAUAUGAUCGACCGCAAGCAAGAGAUCUGCACGUACCAGCACACACUCUGUCUCACGCUCGUCCACGAGUCCAAAAUCCAAGAAGCGCUGCGGCGGAGCAUGCUUGGCGGCAACAUUUACGACGAGCCGACGUUUGCAACGUCGACGCGGUCGCUCGAGAUUGCCAUGACCACGCUCGGCAACGAUUGGCAAGAUCCCCACCACGCCCAACACCACCAUCCUCCAACGGCUGCACCGGUGUUGUCGCCGCAGUCGAUGGGCUCCGCCAACAAGAGCUGUCACUAUGACGAGCCACUCCGUAUUUGCAUCCAACGCGUGCUCAACAUCCCGCGCUACACGACCCACCUCCGUCGCACCGCGCAUGAGAUCGUGUCGGAGCGUCGCCCACUGCUGUUUGCCAACGUCGUUGCAAGCGUCGAGAUCUUCAAUGGCGGCCUCCUCCUCGAGACGCUGGGCGAGACGCCCGACACGACGCUGAAAGCCCAAGCCAACGACGGCCUGAUUGCCAUGUGGGUCGAGCCCAAGUGGUUUCGCAGCAGCUUGCGCAUUAGCCAACUCCCAAAGUCGACGCGGGUCGUCGUGACCCUCUACGGUAUCCGCGCGCCCGGCGCCGACGUUGCCUCGUACGACCGCAUUCUCACCACCGGCAUCAACCUCUUUGACGUCGACGGACUCUUUCUCCAAGGCGACCAGUACGUCGGUAUGCUUGAGAACUUGUUUACAUGCAGCUCGGGGCCGCUGCCGCACGUCGUCGAUCUCGACCGCCCGCUUAUUCAGAUGACGUUGACCUCGUACAACGGGCCCAUCAAGUUUGACUGGACCGAGCACGCGCUCGGCGACGUCUCGUCGCGCAGCGAGGCGGUCCUCAAGACGGGCUGGCUCAAGAAAACGGGCAAGCACCACCAACUCACCAAGUGGCAAAUGCGGUACUUUACGCUGAGCCAAGCGACGAAUACGCUCUCGUACGCCGAGAACCCGUCGGCGCCGGCCAAGUUUACCAUCAACCUCGUCGGCGCUCAAGUGCUCAACGCCGACGAGCUGAACGAGCGCUACACGACGUUCGCGGUCUCGAAAGGCACGCGCAAGGAGCAGAGCACGUGGGUCUUCAAGCUCAAGGCCGCCGACAGUGCGCGCGAGUUUGUCAUGUCGGCCACGACGCGCCAGGAGCGGGAAGAGUGGGCGCUCGCCAUCAAGCUCGUCGCCAACGGCGACACCGCCGAGGCCAUGGACGACCUCCGCCACAUCAUUCAGCGGGACCCGCUCUUCCAGCUCAGCGAUUUUCAGAAAGCGGUGCUGUGGCGCAACCGAUAUCAGUUCAUGACGUCGUUCGAGGCGCUUCGGCACGUCUUGUCGUGCGUCAAUUGGCUCUGUCCAUCGGACGUACACGAGAUGCUCACGCUCCUGCCGCAGUGGGCGCAAGCGUCGCACCCGGCUUCGUACAUCAUCCUUCUCGACAAGGAGUUUGCGCACGAGACAGUCCGGCAGUUUGCCGUCGACAAGCUCGCCGAGAUGGCCGACACGACGUUCAGCUAUUUUCUGCCGCAGCUGGUCCAAGCACUCAAGUACGAGAGCCAUCACGUGUCGCCGCUCGCCAAGCAUUUGAUUGAGCGCGCGAUCAAGAACCCAAACCAGAUCGGCUUUGACCUUUUCUGGAGCAUGAAGGUCGAGUCGUACAACGACCAAGUCCGCGAACGCUACGGCGUGCUCCUCAACACAUACUUGGAUGUGUGCUCCAACAAGAUGCGCUCGAUUCUGCAGCUCCAGGACAAACUCUUCUCGGAGAAGGGCGCGUUUGAGCAAAUCUGCCAAGAAGUCAAGGCCUUGCACCACAGUGGAAGAACCAAAGACGAGAUCAAGGUCACCAUGCAACAACGUCUCGAGGAGCUCAACGGCACCCUCCCCGCGACGUACCAGCUGCCGCUCGACUCGCGCGUCGAGGUUGGCAAGAUCGUUGUCAAGAAGUGCAAGAUCAUGUCGUCGGCCAAAUUGCCCCUCUGGCUCGAGUUUGAAAACGCCGAGGAAGGCGGCGACCCGGUCAUCAUCAUCUUCAAGGCCGGCGACGACGUGCGCCAGGACUGCCUCACGCUGCAGCUCAUCCGCUUGAUGGACGAAAUGUGGCGGGAAGACGGGAAAGACCUCGCCAUGGAGCCGUACAAGUGCGUCUCGACGGGCCCCAUGACGGGCAUGUUGCAGGUCGUCUUGCACUCGGUGACGACCGCGGCCGUGCACAAGCGGGGUGGCGCCAUGGGCGGUAUCUUUGGCGCGUUCAACGAUGUGAGCUUUCUGGAUUGGAUCCAAGCCAACAACGGCGACGCCCGCAGCUACCGGGUCGCGGUUGACCUCUUCUUGCGGUCGUGCGCGGGCUACUGCGUUGCGACGUACGUCCUUGGCAUUGGCGAUCGCCACAACGACAACAUUAUGAUCACCAAGCAAGGCCGGUAUUUCCACAUUGAUUUCGGCCAUUUCCUGGGCUUUAUGAAGUACCAGUACGGCAUCAAGCGCGAGAAGACGCCGUUCGUGUUUACACCCGAGAUGGCGCACGUGUUUGGCGGCGUCGGGACACCCGACUUUGUCAAAUUUCAAAAAACGUGCGGCGACGCGUUUAACGUCGUGCGAAGGCACUUGCACCUGCUUGUUUCGCUCUUGGUGCUCAUGAUCCCGGCCGAGAUGCCGGAGCUGCGCCACCGCGACGACGUCAACUACCUCGUCGACGUCUCGACGCCAGAAAAGACGGACGAAGAGGCCGCCGCCGCCUUUGACGACCUCGUCAUUCAGUGCAUGAACAACACGUUCAAGCGCAUCGACAACACUCUGCACAUCCUCAAGCACCGGUAG